CCUUUCCCCUGCUCCCGGACGCGCGCCUGGCGAAGGACCCUGCGGGCGCUGCCGCAGGCACCGCGGCGGACAGCCCGCCAGUCAGCGCGCCGCGGUCCUCGGAGGACCCCAGCGACGGCCGUAGUGUAGGGCCGGGUGGACGCGGCGGCAGCGGCGGCGGUCCUUGCGAUAGAUUACGCUGGUCGUCUCCGGAAAGCGUUUCUCUGGCUCCCUCUGCUCCUGGCUUACUGUGGUGCAGCCGGCGCCAUGUCUGUGAGCGAGAUCUUCGUGGAGCUUCAGGGCUUUUUGGCUGCCGAGCAGGAUAUCCGAGAGGAAAUCCGAAAAGUUGUACAGAGUUUAGAACAAACAGCUCGUGAGAUUUUAACUCUACUGCAAGGGGUCCAUCAGGGUGCUGGGUUUCAGGACAUUCCAAAGCGGUGUUUGAAAGCUCGAGAACAUUUUGGUACAGUAAAAACGCAUCUAACAUCGUUGAAGACCAAGUUCCCUGCUGAACAGUAUUAUAGAUUUCAUGAACACUGGAGGUUUGUGUUGCAGCGCUUGGUCUUCUUGGCAGCAUUUGUUGUGUAUUUGGAAACAGAAACACUAGUGACUCGAGAAGCAGUUACAGAAAUUCUUGGCAUUGAGCCAGAUCGGGAGAAAGGAUUUCAUCUGGAUGUAGAAGAUUACCUCUCAGGAGUUCUAAUUCUUGCUAGUGAACUGUCAAGGCUGUCCGUUAACAGUGUGACUGCUGGAGACUACUCUCGGCCUCUCCACAUCUCCACUUUCAUCAAUGAGCUGGAUUCCGGUUUCCGCCUUCUCAACCUGAAAAAUGACUCCCUCAGGAAGCGCUAUGAUGGAUUGAAGUAUGACGUGAAGAAAGUAGAAGAGGUGGUCUAUGACCUCUCCAUCCGGGGCUUCAAUAAGGAGACAGCAGCGGCUUGUGUUGAAAAAUAGGAGGCUCUCCCUGGCCCUGGCCUUGCUGACCUCAGCGGUUGCCAGGAAGGGGUGAGCACAGAGUGCCUCUUAUGGUAGUUAGGACGCCCAGUUGCUGAACACUGCGCUUUAUUUUCUUAACCAGUUGUGUGGUGUGAAUAUCAGAAUUGAAACACUUUUGGGUGGAAUUAAAAAAGUAGCCUUUACAUGACAGAUUUUUUUCAUUGUUUCAGUGAAUUUGCUCUGUAAUUCAGUGUAUUUCAGUUCUGUCAAAAAAUGUAAGUGUCAGUCUCUUGGUAAAGCCCUUUUCUUGCUUACCCGACUGUGGAUGUACUGAUUGCGAAGUUUACUGUCUCGUUUGUGGUUCUUCUAGAUGUGAUGCUUUACAUUCUCUAUAUCCAAGUUAGCCAUCCAUACCCAGAUGUAGCCUGGAUACAGUAUAAAAAUAGGUAAUUAAAAAGGAUGGUCAUCAAGCAAGGAAAACUUACUUUACAUAUUUUCCCUUCCUUGUUUAAGCCUUGUGAGUAAAUCAGAUGUUGAAUUUUUUUGGCCAAGGGAGUAGAUAGCCCAGGUUAUUUCUCACUGCCAUCAAAAUAGGAAAGUUUAAAAUGAAAAGUCAGGCUCAACAGAUUAUUUUGCAAAGUUUUGUAUUAAGGGAGUUAGUAACACCGUAUCAUUUUGUCGUGCUGUGCAGGGAGUAGGGCUUAGUGUCUUCAAACACCUCUGUGUUCUGAUAUUGCCUUAUCAGUAUGUUGUUGCAGCAAGUAAAAAUUGAAAAAUUGUGUUCACACAUCUUGAACUUACAAGUCCUGUGAUAUUUUCCUAAACUAUAAAACUUUCUGUCUUAUCAGCCAGCUAUACUGUUUGGUCUAGAUGUAUAACCCACAUAAUAAACAAAACCCUGACUAGUAUGUUAGAGAAGAAUGCUGUGCUUUGCCAGGAAGAAAGAGAAAACCUUGAAUUUAAAAAAAAAAAUUGGUUUGAUUUGGUAGUGUUUUCUAGAGUAAGAAAUUUCAGGUUGGUGGCUGUCUGAACAGGUUUUAAAUUUACACUUCGGGACAAGUCAUGUAAAUCUCAUUGGCAGCCUCCCUCCCUGUUUUCAAAUGGUACUGAGAAUAUUUUCCAGGUAACUCUUGCUAUUGAAUUGAAAUUAACAUGGUGACUUAAUCCAUAGUUAUUUGGUACCCACUGAAAAGAAAGUGCUAGUGUUUCUAGAAUAAUAUGAAGGUUUUAAAAGUGUUACCCUUUCUUGCCAAAUAAUUAAUUUGGCCUCCCUGUUUAUAGGAUAGGAUAUUUGGCCUGGCCCUUACAGCUUAUAUGAGGCCAAAUUACUGGCAGACUACAUUUUCCAUCAUGAGGAAAGAAGAGGAAAUGAGGCAUGAGUUGCUGUGCAUUGGUGGAUUUUAGAACAAUUUUCUUGACAACUGUUUCUACAGAAUUUAUAGAGAGAAAAAGGUGUUAGGUUCCUAAAAGUGCCCAGCUGGUCACUUAACAUGUGGACUAAUAACACUGCCUGGAUGGUGCAUAGAAGGCUUUGCAGUUACAUGAUCAGACAUAGGCAGUAAGUUUAAUACAGAUUUUUGUUUUUCAAUUUUCCCUUUAAGUGUUGAUUCUGCUCAAGAAUAUUAAAGUAUUCACCAGAAGUUGUAGAUUUCCAUUUUAAUAAAUGCAGUUUAAGUGGAGGAACACAUUUUAGUCCUGAAAUUCCAUUUGAGAAUUUAGAAAAGUCAUGUUUAUAAUUCAGUUUUGUUUGUUGCUGGCUUGUUGUAAAGCAAUAAAAAUGUUUUUUGGUCUUUUUGUCACUGAGUGUGCUGCCGUGAGAACUAUUCUAGGUAGAGAAUAAAUUCUGAAUAUUUUUGUGGCUGAAGAAGGCCAGGGAUGGCCAGCACAUGCUGCUGUGUAAUGGUCACACUAGCCAAAAGACACCGGCCACUCAGUUCUUUACUGCGAAGGUUAGAUAACAUUUGUGUGGGCUACCUUGAUUAGGGGGAUUAAAGGUAGUUGAACUGAAGAUGUUGUGAAAAUUUGGCUUUGGUUUUAGUAUGCCAGAAUUACUGUUUUUAAUUUUAGAAAAUAAAGCAGUUAGAGAAAUGAGAGGAAUUAGGGGAUACUUUCCUAUGGAUUUAUUUAUAGGAGGAAGAAGAGAACCUGUCAUAAAUACUUGGUGAAAUUUGCCUUGUCUUAAACUUUGAAUAAUAUGAGUAAUGCUUAAGGUCAUAAAAACGAAAAGCUUUGGUAGUAUUUUGAGACCUUUACUUAAAUAAGUGGCUAAAGAGAUGAGACAAACAUGUAGGUUGCUCCUGGCAUGGUUUCAUAAUUAUAAUUCAGAAAUUAAAGCUGUUUCUUGUUCUGUA